AUGCCUUCGCCACUGUACACUUGGCCACCUCUGGAUGGCGGAGGCUCUGCGGGAAGGCAGUCGAGACAACGGCUAUUGUCUGCAAACUGCUCGCUGUUGCGACGCCCUAGUUACCUUGUUUGGCUGUCUCAUGAUGAGCUGGCUUUAGGUUCCUACUAUCGGGCCUCAACGCUCAAGAUGGGGCGCAAAUCUCUCUUGUCAGCCAGUCGCAGAAUGGAGGGCAGCGGGUUAAAGAGGACAGUUGCAGGGCGAGGAGAUCACUUCGUCCUGGUUGACGGAAGGAAAAAGGGCAAAAGGAAAACUAAAAAUGACAGUAAAUGGGGAUAUAAGGAGGUUGCAGUUUGCCAGUGCCUCAGGUUUCUUCCUCGUCCUUUCAUCUGCCGUGUAUUUGCUUUAAUGAUUGAGCAUCAAGCAGUAUCCAGUAUCACCGCUUAUGGAAAUUUGACUGCUCCGGGUAGCGACACCUGCGCCUCGGUCCGUUCCGAUUUAUUCGCUUUGCAAAUGGACAAAGACUGA